AUGUCAUUUUUUAACUUCAAAGGUUUUGGAAGAAAUAACAAGAAAAAUAAGAGUCCUGCUCCACAUGCAGUACCAGUUGCUGCUCCACCCGCAAAAUUAUAUGCAAAUUCAUACGGGAAUAGCUCCAGAUCAUCAUUAAAGAAACAAACAUCGCCUACAAGGAUAUCUCAAAUAAGCUCAACCUCCCCAUCUCACUAUUCACAACCCCAUUCACAAACACAGACAUCUCAAGUACAAACACCUAGCCAUCAACUGUCACGAACUCAAACCCCCCAACAGCAAGCACAACCGCAAACACAGCAACAUCAUUAUGUACAGCAACUACAAAAUAAUCAACAAAUAUACAAUCCAUCUGCUACUCCGCAGCCACAACAACCUCAGCUGAUACAAAAUCCACAGAUAGAUUCAAAUACAACGAAACCUGAAUCACAAGAAGUUAUGUUUUUAAGUGAGCCAUUCGUUAGGACAGCCUUGGUAAAAGGUUCUUUUAAAACCAUUGUUCAGUUACCCAAAUAUGUUGACGCAGGAGAAUGGGUAGCGUUAAAUGUUUUCGAAUUUUUUACAAACUUAAAUCAAUUUUACGGUGUGAUAGCCGAAUGUGUAACACCAGAAGCUUAUCCAACAAUGAAUGCAGGACCUCAUACAGACUACUUAUGGCUAGAUGCAAAUAAUAGGCAAGUUUCAUUACCAGCUAGUCAAUAUAUCGAUUUAGCUUUAACUUGGAUAAACAAUAAAGUUAAUGACAAGAAUUUAUUUCCAACAAAUAAUAAUGUCCCUUUUCCUCCGCAGUUCUUAAAAGAUGUUCAGAGAAUUAUGGUCCAACUUUUUAGAAUAUUUGCACAUAUAUAUCAUCAUCACUUUGAUAAGAUUGUACAUUUAUCGCUAGAAGCUCACUGGAACUCAUUAUUUGCUCAUUUUAUUAGCUUUUCAAAUGAAUUUAGUAUCAUUGAUAGACAAGAAAUGUAUCCACUACUAUCUUUGAUUGAAAAUUUUGAAAGUCAAGGUAAAAUCAUAUAG